AUGGAAAAGCCAGAGAUGGAUGUGCCGACACCGGUGGGAUUCUUUGAUCCGGCCUUAACCGAAGUACGCCGGCGCGUCUUCUACCAAUGGGCGCGUACCAUCUUCAUCCUUUGCGUCUUCAUAUUUGGUGUGCUUUCCCUUUUCUGGGGCUCACAGUAUCGCACUGAGGCAAAUUAUCCAGCUCUCAAAGUCUUCGUGGUUGAUUUUGACGGUACUGUCGAUCCCUAUCGCACCGACAAUCCCAUCGUCGGACCGGCCGUCACCAACGCGACGAAGAACAUAAUCCACUCAUCAGGGCUGCACUUGGGUUAUGAGAUCAAGUCGCCUGCUGAUUUUAACCACGAUCCCUGGGCUGUCCGUCAAGCCAUCUACGAUGAAAAAGCCUACGCAGCUGUCAUCAUCAACCCCAAUGCGACCGCCUUGCUCCGCGCCGCAGUCACCGAACGAAACAGCACCUAUGACCCGACUGGGGCAAUCGAAUCGGUGAUAAUCUCUGCACGAGACGAAAAUACAUACUACACCUAUAUUAUGCCCGACCUGGCGAUUUUCCAGAGCACUAUCCUGAUGGAAUUUGGCCCCCGAUGGGUCCGCGAACUCACCUCGAACUCCACCUCGACAUCUGGAUCUGCAUCUAUAUUGAAUGCGAACCUAAACUUCUCACAGGUACCUCCACAAGCCAUUAAUCCGGCCAUUGGCUUCACAACUGUCGAUCUACGCCCUUUCACGCCAGCCGUGGCCGCACCAGCCGUAACAAUCGGCUUGAUCUAUCUAAUAAUAAUCGCCUUCUUCAACUUCCCCUUCCUCAUGGGCAUUCACGCGCAGUUCAUGAAGCCAACCACCUCCCCGUCUUCGUCAGACUCUUCCUCCCCAACAACCGCGACGCUCAAAGUACCCCACUGGAUAAUCUGGCGCAUCCUCUCCGCAAUAACAGCCUACUUCUUCCUAUCCCUCUUCUACUCCCUCGUCUCGCUCGCCUUCCAAAUCCCCUUCAGCAACAAGCCCGCACCAGAUACACUACCCGCCAACAACCCAAACGCAUACGGGCAAGGCUCAUUCGUGGUAUUCUGGAUGCUGAAUUGGGUCGGGAUGGCAGCGCUGGGCUUCCCGUGCGAGAAUAUGGCAAUGGUCCUCGGGUUUCCGUGGAGUUCGCUGUUUCUGAUAUUUUGGGUUAUCACGAACGUUGCGACGGGGUUUUAUGCGCUGGAUCUCGCGCCAGGAUUUUAUGCUUGGGGGUAUGCUUGGCCUUUGCAUCGGAUUGUCGAGGCGCUGCGGACUAUUCUUUUCGAUACACACUCGCGGAUUGGACUUGACUUUGCGGUGCUAUUCAUUUGGGUUGCGGUGUCGUUGGCGUUUUACCCGGUGGCGACGUUCAUAAUGCGGUGGAGGAUGAAGCGAGGAUAUGCGUGA